AUGCAGUUCUCCCACGCUCUGAUUGCUCUUGUGGCUGCAAGCCUCGCCAACGCUCAGCUUCCUGACGUGCCCUCGUGCUCGCUCAACUGUUUCGUGUCCGCUCUGACUUCCGACGGAUGCUCCACCUUGACCGACUUCGCUUGCCACUGCCAGAAGACCUCUCUGGUCAGCGACAUCACCCCUUGCGUCAAGAAGGCCUGUACCGACAUUGCGGACCAAGUUUCCGUUUCCAACGCUGUCGUCUCUCAGUGCUCCUCGGCUGGCCACCCCAUCUCGGUCCCCCCAGUUGAGACCACCAGCGCCGCCGAGACUACUAGCACCUCUGCCGCCGAGACCACUGCUACCUCCACCUCUGCCGCCGAGACCGGAAGCAGCAGCAGCAGCAGCAGUGCCGCCGAGACCUCCGCCGCCUCCACUGGUGCUCCCGCUCCCACCGGCUCCACCACCCCUACCGGUGGCUCUGGUGGCGCUACCCCCAGCUCCAAGCCUCCUGGCUCUUCCACCCCACUGACUGGCGGCUCCAAGACCAGCAGUGGCUCUACUGCUGCCACUUCUGCCUUCAACGCUGCAUCCAACGUUAAGGGUAACAUGGCUGGUGUUGCUGCCAUCGCUGCUGCCGCCGCUUACAUUCUGUAA